CAUUCUCAUACUCGCACACACACAAUGAUUAACAUGCAAUCAGACACUUAAAGCUCUUCUGUUUCCAUUAACACACACUUUGCACGGUUCACACACACAAAUAGCCGCUCUGUUGGUUGUCCAGUGGUUAACUGCAGUAGUGUUUCUUUUUGGCAGGCUAUGUGGAGAGCCUCCUUUUAUAGCCAGCUCUGAGGAGAAACUUUCUGAGAUGAUUAUGAAGGGAGGGCUCACUUUCUCUAACCCUGUGUGGCGCACCAUUAGUGAUGCAGCUAAAAAUGUAUCGCGAUGUCUGUUAAAAGUUGAUCCGGCUCACCGUGUUACAGCCAGUGAGCUGCUAGAUAACCCUUGGAUUUCGGACUCACGAAACGACAAAGAAACUGUAGAGAUGAGUGAUAGACUGCAGGGCCUUUCUGUCAUAUCCACUCAGGACGAAGGAUCAGGGCCUAGAACCUCAGAGGAGCUCUCAGACGCCCAAACACAUUCUGUGGAGGAUGUAACAGACAGGAGUGAUCCCUCCGCCCCAAACAAGAAGCCUCUAAAGAAAAAAGUGUCAGCGUCAUCAUCUAACGCUUCAAAGAAGAGCACAACGCUCGCAAAGGCCUACAGCUCUCCGAUUGCAUUCAAAACACCGGUCAGUCAUUCACCUAGUCUUAUUAAAAUGUAA